AUGUCACGCAACAAAAAGGAUGCAAAUUGUGUAAUAUGUGGCGAUAAAGCAACAGGCAACAAUUUCAAUGCCCAGACGUGCGAGUCGUGUAAAGCAUUUUUUCGUCGAAAUGCUUAUAAAGGAAUUAAAAAUUGUAAUUUUUAUGGCAAUUGUGUUGUAAACCUAAUAACUCGCAGAAAAUGUGGUUUUUGUCGACUAAAUAAAUGUUUUGAAAUGGGUAUGAAAAAGGAGCGUAUUUGGACUGAAGAGACAAAAGAGAUUCAUCGGACAAAAGUCGAGAUCAACCGAUUAAAGAUGAAAAAUAUUUUUACUCAAGAAGAUGACUGUCAACUAAUCUCAUCGACAACAGUGUCAUCAUCUGUAUCAUCUCCAUUGUCAUCAUUACCAUCUGAUCAAUACAAUCACAGUAUUGAUGAAAACUUGGAUUCCGUAUUACUUUCAUAUGAAUUACAGAAUCCCUAUUCAUUUAAUAUGAAUGACUCCAACGCCAGCAACAGUAGCAUUGAUACAGUCAUUGAUCAGUCAGUUCUACAUAAAGUAGUCGAAAUGCAAACUUCAAUGUUAUCUAUCAAUGGUAUGUCAGUUAGUUCAUUGGUUGAUCCGGUUUGUGGCCAAACAUCACUAGUAAGCGAAAACAUCAGAUCAAUAUCGGCACCUAUAGACUCAACCACAACUAUUAGUAAUGAUAUAACUAGUUUAAGGAGAUAUAAAACAUUCAAUAGGGCUAACACUAUCACUGAUACAGAGGAGAUUAGUGGCGCAUCAAACUUAACAAUUGGACGUCCUAUUAGUGAUACCCGACAUACGUUAACCGAGUCGGAAGGCAAUCGAUUCACUCAUCUAUUAUUUGCCGCACAAGUGAUGAACAAUCAGUUGUUUGAAAGUCAUUUCAAUUGCGGUGUAUUUACGGCAAAACAAUGCUAUCGUAUACUUGAUCUCACGUUUGAAGAAGAUAUCAGAAAUUUGAUACAACUUUAUAAGCAAUUGAAAAUCUAUACUAAUAUAACUGAAUCCGAUAGCUAUACAUUAGUUAAGUCACAGUCAAUGGCCAUACAUAAAUUGCGCAUGGUCAAUUAUGUGGGCACUGAAUAUGAAUGGUGGAAUGUCAAAAUGAUGAAUGAUAAUGUUAUUAAACUAAAUUUAAAUAUCUAUACAAGUCAACAAUGCUACAUGGCCAAAUUUUUUAGCCAGCUCAAACAUCAAAUCGAUAAUGAUAGUGUAAUUAUAGAUCUGCUAACAACGAUAGUGUUAUAUGACCCGGAUACACCUGGACUUAUCAAUAGAGAAGCUGUCAAAUUACAACAAUUAACAUACAUGUAUUUAUUAAAGCGUUAUUUAGAAAUUAAAUAUUAUGACACGUAUUUGUCAACCGGCAAAUUUUUGCGCACAUUAAACAUGUUAGUCGAUUUAAACAAAAUUGCUAAUACUAUCAAAACACGUAUUAAAGCGCGUGACGAUAUGCCUGAGUUGGUACGCGAAGUCAUUGACUGUAAAAGCGGUUAA